CUUUAUGUUUUGCGGUUCUUUUUGGUUUUAAAUCUACUCCUCUACUUAAAAAAUUCUACAAGCUGUGACUAUGACAUCGUUUUCGGCCCUCCUAAUUCUAAUGACGAUGCGUCUCUGUCCACGCACUCUCUCAGUGCGGGAUGCUCAAAUGUUCAGCUUCCCGCAGCGUAUUAUCAAUUAUGGCCUUCCAAUAUCUGCAAACCCAUUUGCGUUCUUAACUGUGGAAAUUCCCAUCCAGUUCAAUCCAUCAGCUAAAUGUGCCCAGUGUCGUGGUGACACCAGGGUUCCGUAUGGCCAACGUUUCCUUGACAGGGAAGGAAAACCUUACUGCGCUACAAGGAAUGACAAAGAAGGGACUCGGAUGCUUGCACUAGCACUAGCAGCUUUAUCCAUUGUGGCUGCAUUGCUGUUGCUGUUGGUUUUCUGCUUAAGAAGAAAGCUUUUCACCCUUACUAUAUGUUGCUUUUGGAACAAAGCUCUAUCAACUGGUGAAAUAAUCAUUGUCUCCUUUUUGAAGCAACACGGUUCUCUUCCAACCAGACGGUACAAAUAUUCUGAGAUACAGAAGUUCACUGAUGAUUUCAAAGUCAAAUUGGGACAGGGAGGAUAUGGGACUGUGUAUAAAGGAAAUCUACAAGAUGAUAGUCUUGUUGCUGUCAAGGUUUUAAGUGAAGUGAAGGGAACUGCAGAGGAAUUCAUCAAUGAAGUUGCAAGCAUUAGUAGGACAUCUCAUGUUAACAUUGUUAGUCUUGUGGGAUUCUGUUUUCAAGGUUCCAAAAGAGCUCUAAUCUAUGAAUUUAUGCCUAAUGGAUCCCUUGAAAAGUUCACAUGUGAGGAAAAUUCAACUGCAGGUGGUCGCCAAUUGGAUUGCAUAAGUCUGUAUGACAUUGCAGUUGGUGUAGCACGUGGAUUAAGUUAUUUGCAUCGAGACUGCAAUACCAGGAUAUUGCAUUUCGACAUAAAACCUCAUAACAUACUACUUGACAAAGAUUUUUGUCCAAAGAUUUCAGAUUUUGGACUCACUAAAGUAUGUCCAAGAAAAGAGAGUAUUGUUUCCAUGUCGUGUGCAAGGGGAACUAUUGGAUUUAUUGCUCCCGAGUUGUUUUCAAGGAAUUUUGGUGGAAUAUCUCACAAGGCAGAUGUCUAUAGUUACGGAAUGAUGGUUUUAGAAAUGGUUGGAGGAAGAAACAACAAAAAUGUCCAAGUUGAUCGUUCUAGUGAGCUGUAUUUUCCGGAUUGGAUUUACAAGCGACUUGAACUAGAUGAAGAGUUAGGAUUGCGGUGUAUCAGAAAUGAAAGCGAUAGGGAAAUAGUGAGAAAAAUGACAUUGGUGAGCUUGUGGUGCAUACAGACUAAUCCUUCAUCUCGUCCAUCAAUGAGUAAGGUGGUGGAGAUGCUUGAAGGAAGUUUGGAAUUAUUUGAAUUGCCGCCUAGGCCCUUUUUUAGUUCUUCUCCAACAUCUCCAAUUAAUUGCUCAAGUAAUACAUCUGAAAGUUUGUAGAAAUUGUUUUACCUGUUCUAGUCUACUUUACUUGUGCAAUCUAAUUAAUAUAUAACCACUGGUUAUUUCUUCCUGCA